GGCCCGGCCCGUAGGGGCAGGGGCAGGGUAGGGGGCGGCGGGGCGAUGGGCAGAGCCCCCGCGGGGCGCCCCGCUGCCCGGCUGCCAGCAGCACCGGCCGGGGGGCUGCGCUAGGGCGGCCCGGCGGCCCCGGCGGCCGGGGCUUCCCCCCCCCCCCCCCCCCCCCCCCGCCCCGGACGGCGGCGAGGAUGCAGCACCCGCUGGAGCUGGGGGCCGCGCACUACUUCCCGGCCGAAGCCUUCCCCGACCACCGCUCGCACCGCUACCGCAGCUUCAUGAUCGAGGAGAUCCUCACCGACCCCCCGGACGCCAAGGGGGCCGCGCCGGCCGGGGAGCUGCUCAAGUUCGGGGUGCAGGCGCUGCUCUCCGCCCGGCCCUACCACAACCACCUCGCGGUGCUGAAGGCGGAGCCGGCCGCCGUGUUCAAGUUCCCGCUGGCUCCCUUGGGCUGCUCGGGGCUGGGCUCGGCGCUGCUGGCCGCCGGCUCGGGGCUGCAGGGCGGCUCCGCCUCGCCCCAUCUCCCGCUGGAGCUGCACCUCCGCGGCAAGCUGGAGCCGGGCCCCCCGGAGCCGGGCAGCAAGGCCAAGAAGGGCCGCCGCAGCCGCACCGUCUUCACCGAGCUGCAGCUCAUGGGGCUGGAGAAGCGCUUCGAGAAGCAGAAAUACCUCUCUACGCCCGACAGAAUAGACCUGGCCGAAUCGCUGGGGCUCAGCCAGCUCCAGGUGAAAACCUGGUACCAGAACAGGCGCAUGAAAUGGAAGAAAAUAGUGUUGCAGGGAGGCGGCCUGGAGUCCCCCACCAAGCCCAAGGGCCGCCCCAAGAAGAACUCCAUCCCCAGCAGCGAGCAGCUCUCGGAGCAGGAGCGAGCCCGCGACGCCGAGAAGCCCCCCGAGAGCCUGGGCUCGCCGGCCGAGGUCAGCCAGGAGGAGUGAGGGUGAGCGCCCGGCCCCGCCGCCGCCGGCCCCGGUCGCCCCCUCCGGGCGCUGCCCGCCGAGCCCGCUGCCGGCCCCGCACUGGGAUGAUGGGGGACAGCACGGUUAGUGGUCACGGUCGCCUUCGGUCUCCGGUGAAUUGGGCAUCUUGGUCGGUCGCGUCCCCGUCUUCCUCCCCUCCCCUCCCCUCCCCCCCCCCCCCGCUCCUCUCCGCGCCCGCGGAGCGCUGCGCCACGGACGCCUGUGUUGUGCGACGGCCCGGAGGGGCCAGGAGGACACUGGAUCCCAUCUUCCACAUCUACUCGCUCUCUAAAACCCUGUGGUGCC